AUGUCGUUAAAAAAUCAACAAGAGUACAAUGAAGAUAGGAUAAGAGAUAGAGAUUCAAUCAACCAAAGACACAAUGAUAUAAUUGAAGAUGAUGAUGAUGAAUUAUCAAGAAUAAGAGAAAAAAGAUUACAAGAACUAAGAGAAAAAUCAAAAGCAUUACAACACCUAAGUGUUACGAGUGGUAAUUAUGUUGAAAUUCAAGAGCAAGAGUUCUUGAAAGCAGUCACUGGGUCGCCAAAUGUUGUUGUUCACUUUUUUAAAGAGGAAUUUCAGAGAUGUAAAAUAAUUGACAAACAUUUAAACAUUCUAGCCAAAGUACAUGCAAAUACAACGUUUUUAAAAAUGAAUGCAGAAAAGGCACAAUUCUUUGCCACCAAAUUAAAUAUUAGAAUACUUCCAACAUUGGUAUUUUUUAGCAAUGGAAUUGCAGUAGACCGAAUAGUUGGAUUCGAAGAUAUAGGAGGAUCAGAUGAUUUCAAGACAGAGGAUCUAGCAAAGAGAAUUGCAAGGUCUGGUAUAAUGGAGCUAAAACCAACUAAUCUACAAUUUGUUACCAAACAAGAAAAGUUUUAUCAAUCAAUAAGAGACGAAUAA